ACAGUGAUCACCCAGCAAUCAAUCCCCACUUUACACUUGUGUGGAGCCGACGAGAAGGCUCGAAUUCCUCCUAAAUUCCACCUGUCUGCGAAAGGGCAAAGGUGCAUUUCCCUGGAUGAUGUCUGGCAGAGGCCGGAGAUACGAUGAUGAAGGGAAUUACUCGUCGUACGGUAGAUCCUCUGGGAGUUCCGGCAGCUCGCGAGACUUUAGAGCGGUCGCGCCUCCGGUGCAAGUGUCCAGAGCGGCUCCAACGACUAAAGGUUACACAAAGCAGACUCAAAUCCAACAGACAAUGGAUCAAAUGCCGAGUUACGAUCAACUCAUCAAUAAGCCUCGAACCGAAGAAGACUACUGGAAUGAGGACGAGGAUGAAACACCUCAAAAGCAGGCGAGGGACGACGACUCUGAUGACGAAGAAGAUCCGUUAGACGCCUUCAUGGCUGAUCUUAGCAAAGACAUGAAAAAGCAGGAUAAACCGAAGGACACCACAAAAACGUCUAAGAGGGGAAUCCGGGACGAUAUAGAAGCCGAGGACGAUGAGGAGAGUUAUUACAAAUUCAUGAAGGAGAAUCCCUUAGCUGGUACCGCUGCUGAUGAGGAUGAUCUGGACCUAGAAUACGACGAGGACGGAAAUCCGAUCGCGCCGCUCAAGAGCAAAUGGAUCGAUCCGUUGCCUGCCAUAGAUCACUCAUUAAUUCAAUAUCAGCCGUUCGAGAAGAACUUUUAUGACGAACACCCAGAAAUUUCGAACCUAACGGCGGAUGAGGUCCAAAAGCUCCGAACGACGCUCGGGAUCAAAGUCAUCGGAGCCAUGGCCUCAAAACCCGUAGUUUCGUUCGCUCACAUGAACCUGGACGCGAACCUCAUGAAAGCUGUCCGCAAAGCCCUCUAUGAAACGCCUACUCCGAUCCAAGCACAAGCGAUUCCCCUAGCGCUCAAUGGAAGAGAUCUCAUCGGAAUCGCCAAGACCGGAUCCGGAAAAACUCUUGCAUUCCUGAUCCCCAUACUUGUACACAUCAUGGAUCAGGCAGAGCUGAAAGUCGGUGAAGGUCCGAUCGGGUUGAUCCUAGCUCCGACCCGAGAACUCGCGAUGCAAAUCUACACUGAAGCGAAGAAAUUCGCCAAGGUCUAUAAUGUAAAUGUUGCGUGCUGUUUCGGUGGAGGAUCGAAAUGGGAACAGUCAAAAGCGUUGGCUGAGGGAGCCGAAAUCGUCGUAGCCACUCCUGGCCGUAUGAUCGAUAUGAUCAAAAUGAAAGCCACAAAUCUCGAGAGAGUGACGUUCCUCGUCUUGGACGAAGCGGACAGGAUGUUCGAUAUGGGAUUCGAACCUCAGGUGAGGUCGAUCUGCAAUCACGUGAGACCGGACAGACAAUGUCUCAUGUUCAGUGCCACAUUCAAGAAAAGAAUCGAGAAGCUGGCGCGAGACGUGCUCUCGGACCCAGUCAAGAUCAUCCAGGGCGACGUGGGUGAAGCCACCGAGGACGUCACGCAAAUGAUGAUUUUCAUCAAAGACAAAGAGUUGAAGGACAUUGAGAACAAGAAAUUCCUCUGGCUGGCCGAGAAUCUCGUCGGUUUCUGCAGUCAAGGAAGCGUACUGAUCUUCGUCACCAAGAAAGCGAGCUGCGAAAUCGUUGCCGAGAAACUGAAACAAAGGGAUCAUAAACUGGGUAUGCUGCACGGCGACAUCGAUCAGAGCGAGCGAACGAAGCUGAUCGCUGCGUUCAAACGUCAAGAUUUCCCGAUUCUCGUCGCAACUGAUGUCUGUGCGAGAGGUUUAGACAUAAGUCACAUAAGGACGGUGAUAAACUUCGAUACGGCUCGGGACAUAGAUACUCAUACUCAUCGCGUCGGAAGGACGGGCCGUGCUGGACAGAAGGGUUUGGCGUAUACGCUAUUCUCUGAAAAGGAUAAGGAGUUCGCAGGGCACCUCGUGAGGAAUCUCGAGGGCGCCAACCAGAAGGUUCCCAAAGAUCUCAUGGAUCUCGCUAUGCAGAGCCAGUGGUUCAGAAAGUCGCGCUUCAAGCAGGGCAAAGGCAAACACCUCGAAAUGAAAUCAAAGGAGAGACCGGGAUUAGGAUGCUCAUCCCAAGGAAGCUCCUCCAACCAGCCCCAGCAACCAUCGCUGAGCGAAAGUUUCGCGGCUCAGCAAACCUCCGGUGACAUGAAGCCGGUGAACAGAUUGGCUGUCAUGAAAGCGGCUUACGGAGCACAAUUCCGAACGCAGUUCCGAGCAGCUUCGGACUCGACGAACAGCUCAGCAGGAUCGCAUUUCCAGCAGCCGACGCCUCCUCCACCACCACCUGCUUCCAGCGAAAUGCCAGGGACAGACGAAAACAAAAAGAAGAAGUCGAGAUGGGCUUGAACGAUCAUAUCGAGCAAGAUUGGAUGAAGAUUACUGUAUAUAUUGCAAAUACAAAACAUACAAUCAC